GAACCAUGGAGAUGAUGGAGAAUGACGCCGAUUCUGAGAACAUCUACUUGAACGAGGACGAUGCUGAGAAGACUUCUAACCAGAGCGGAAUCUAUGACAGCAUCUACCUGAACACAACAACCGAGACUCUAGGUUCUGCAGGUGCUUGUGGAAGAAGAAAGGUGAAGUGGAUUGACGUGGCUGCAGUGAGUCUGGGGAUCCUGUGCCUUCUCCUGCUGGCUGCGAUCAUUGUACUGUGUGUAAAAUACAACACAGAGCUUCAUCAGGUACAGAGCCAUGAUGAGAACAUGACUGCAGAGAGAGACGGGUUACAGAGCACAUAUAACCUCUUAUACAUGGAGAAAGAGCUGUUAAUGAACCUGAACAACAAUCUGACCACAGAGAGAGACCGGUUACAGAGCAGCUACGAUAAACUGCGGUCUGAGAGUCAAGCGAUGCAGAAGUGUCUUACAAGAACAGAAGAGUGUUGCCCAAAUGGAUGGUUGAGCUUCUUGUCCAGCUGUUACCUCAUCUCCACUGUUAAAGGAACCUGGGAGGAGAGCAGGCAGGCCUGCAGAAACACAGGAGCAGAUCUGGUGAUCAUCAACAGCAGAGAAGAACAGCAGUUUGUUUCUGGACAUGGCAUGAAUUUAUGGAUUGGACUGACUGACCGUGACUGGGAGGGACAGUGGAAAUGGGUGGAUAACACAGCUCUGGAGAUUGGGUACUGGGGGAGAAAUGAGCCGAAUAACGGAUGGUAUGGCUUUGUUAAAGAGGACUGUGCUGAGGUUGUCUCCAACAGUCCAGAAACAUCUAACUGGAAUGAUGUGAAGUGCAGCGACGCUCUUAAUUCCCUGUGUGAAAAGAAAAUAUUUGAUCCUUCACCCAAUAACAGGAAAACUUUGUUUAAUAAACGUGUUUAAUUUCUCUCAGAGUCCUUCAGGUUCAUAUCUGUGCAUGACUCCUUUAACCUUCAGAUCUAAAGCAGGGUACAGAAACAUGGCAUUGUUUUCAUUUCAGUUCUCAAAAGUCAAAAUAAUGUUGUAAAUGUACUGAGAACAUCUGAGAAGCUGACAACAAAAUCUAACACUGUCGCUGUUUAAGAUCAGUCUGAUGUGACAAACUAAUACUUGAUCAUGAUUUCAUUUCAUUUUAUUUUAAGAUUGUCAAAUGCAAAAGUUCUAUUUAAUAAAGUUAAAA